UGGAGUCAGAGCUGGAUCCUGGAGCCCAACUGAGAAGCUCUGGGGAGUCUCAAAGUUUGUGUCUGGAGCAGUAGUGGAAAGUGGGCUUACUGCGAAGGGAUUUUCUUAGGAUGAGAGCUGAUCUCCUGCCUUUAUUUUGGAUGCGCGCCCAGCUUUAACCCCUUCAGCCUUCAGCCAGAUACCUGGGCAGCCUGUCUCUCCCCGACGAUUCUCAAAUUUCCGAGGACAUAGGACGGGAACCCUUGGCAGUUCUCUCUCAGGCAGAGAACGUUUUCCGUUCCAAGUGCAUAAGCCACACGCGCCCAGGCGCACACACGCACACACGCACACACCCCCUGCGGAGCCGGACCUCACCCUCUGCCGCGGCCCUGCCCGCUCCCCUCCUGCCCUCAGCAUCCUCGGCCCAGCGUCCCUCGGACCAGCAUGGAGGUGCUGGAGAGCGGGGAGCAGAGCGUCCUGCAGUGGGACCGCAAGCUGAGCGAGCUGUCAGAGCCUGGGGAAACCGAGGCUCUCAUGUACCACACGCACUUCUCAGAACUUCUGGAUGAGUUUUCCCAGAACGUCUUGGGUCAGCUCCUUAAUGACCCUUUCCUCUCCGAGAAGAGUGUGUCGAUGGAGGUGGAACCGUCCCCAACAUCCCCGGCGCCUCUCAUCCAGGCUGAGCACAGCUACUCCCUGUGUGAGGAGCCUCGGGCCCAGUCACCGUUCACCCACGUUGCCACCGGUGACAGCUUCAAUGACGAUGAAGUGGAAAGUGAGAAAUGGUAUCUGUCUACAGAUUUUCCAUCCACAACCAUCAAGACAGAGCCGAUUACAGAGGAGCCGCCCCCGGGACUUGUUCCCUCUGUCACUCUGACCAUCACGGCCAUCUCCACCCCUUUUGAAAAGGAGGAACCCCUCCUGGAACCGAAUACCGGGGUUGAUUCCUCCUGCCAGACCAUUAUCCCUAAGAUUAAGCUGGAGCCUCAUGAAGUGGAUCAGUUCCUCAACUUCUCUCCUAAAGAAGCCUCCGUGGAACACCUGCACUUACCUCCCACGCCCCCCAGCAGCCACAGCAGUGACUCUGAGGGCAGCCUGAGCCCCAACCCCCGCCUGCACCCCUUCGGCCUGCCCCAGACCCACAGCCCCGCCAGAGCCACGGCCCGGGCCCCCUCCGCCCUGUCCAGCUCUCCUCUCCUCACAGCGCCUCACAAACUUCAAGGAUCAGGCCCACUCGUCCUGACAGAAGAGGAGAAGAGGACCCUGAUCGCCGAGGGCUAUCCCAUCCCCACCAAAUUGCCUCUAACAAAAUCAGAGGAGAAGGCUCUGAAGAAAAUCCGGAGGAAAAUCAAGAACAAGAUUUCUGCCCAGGAAAGUAGGAGAAAGAAGAAAGAAUACAUGGACAGCUUGGAGAAAAAGGUGGAGUCUUGCUCCACUGAGAACUUGGAGCUUCGGAAGAAGGUGGAGGUUCUGGAGAACACCAACAGAACUCUCCUGCAGCAACUACAGAAGCUUCAGACGUUGGUGAUGGGCAAGGUUUCGCGCACCUGCAAGUUGGCGGGCACGCAGACCGGCACGUGCCUCAUGGUGGUUGUGCUCUGCUUUGCUGUUGCAUUCGGGAGCUUCUUUCAGGGCUACGGACCCUAUCCGUCUGCCACCAAGAUGGCUUUGCCCAGCCAGCACUCCGUGCAGGAGCCCUAUACAGCCUCUGUCGUGAGAUCCAGGAACCUGCUCAUCUAUGAGGAACAUUCUCCCCUGGAGGAGCCGUCUGGCCCAGCCUCGGCUGGGGAACUUGGGCCUUGGGACAGAGGCUCCUCCCUGCUCAGGGCAUCAGGGUUGGAUCCCAGGCCUGAAGUGGAUCUUCCCCAUUUCAUUCUGUCAAAUGAGAGCAGCCUGGAGAAAUCCGUGCUAUUGGAGUUACAGCAGCACUUGGUCAGCACCAAACUGGAGGGGAACGAGACACUAAAAGUUGUAGAACUCGACAGAAGAGUGAACGCCACCUUCUGAAGAGGCCGUCUCCACCUCCCUCUUUCUCUUCGCUCUCCUUUUACGUCUCCCAACCCCCCUUGUCAGGAGCUUUUCCUUUUUGCUUUUGAUCUGGAUGAAGACACGGGCGAGCGGUCGUGGCUUUGGAUGGGAGGACAGCUUGGGAUUUCCACCUGCGGUGAGAGAGCGCCUCCCUCUCCCUCCCCCUUGAAGAACGGAGCCCGGCAUCCCUCCCUCCCUCUUGCUUGCUGCCAUAGGAAAUUAUUUUAGGUCCGGGGCUGGGACGAGCAGACUUGUUUCCACCAAGAGUGCCAAAAAGAGACUGCCUCUUUCUCACUGUGGGGCGUGAAGAAGAGAUGACGCUUGUUCUUUUGAGACCGCACACUCUAGCCACAGAAAUACCAGGAUGCCUGUUGGGAUCUGGCAAAGCACUGACUGAUGUCCUGCCUUCCUCAGCCUCGGCUGCCGGAGCGUCCACCCCCAAGAGCCUCAGAGGUGCCGGGGCCUUCAGUGAGCACCCCUGCCACUCUGCCCCGACCGAGCCCUGGCAGAUCGUCCUCCCCGCGCCGGAGCGAGGAUGCCCCCACCCCCACCCCACCCCCCUUCUCAGGCCGCAAGUGCAAUGCCUGAAGGAAUCAGGCUCCUCUACUCCAGGCAAACCUGCCCCAUCUUGUUGCUUGUAGGACUUCCCCACAUACCCAUAGGUCUGCCUCCCCGGCUUCUCCUCCCCGUUUGUAAAUAGUAUUUAUUAGCUCACUGAGGCUUCCCGCUGGCAACCACACUGAAGAGAUCCGACGCCUCCCUCCAAAUGGCCAAAGUCUCCUGUUGGCCCGUGGAGCUCGGAGGGUACCCGAAGCUCUGCGAUCCCGAUCCCCCAGAUGGUGGCUUCUAUUUGUUUUCAUCUUCUUCUUCUACGUCAACCCCCUCCACUUCCUCCUCCUCUCCCAUCUUCCCCUUCCUCCUCGUCCUCCUCCUUCUUCAACCCGAGGCCUAUCGUUGUACUUGGGAAAUCCCCGGAAGCUUGGGUCGUCCCACGGAAUGAAGUCACAGGGAAAGACGGAGCAACACCUUGCUCGGGUCGGUGGCUCUGUGGCCACGUGCUUUUCCUGCCCUGUUCCUGUGGCAGAAGGGAAUCCCCGUCCCCGACAUCAGGCGUCGCGGACAACCUUGCUGGCUUGCCUCUCCGCACCUGUGCCCAGCCCCCUCCUCCCCACCUGCCCUGACACUUCUGCUGUACCCUCCCUUCUGCCCCAACACAGAGGGUGGGCCUGAGGCCUGGGGCUGGAGUACGUGACCUUAGUAUCCACAGUCUUACCUUUUAUAGUCAGGUUUGGCUACUUUGCAGCUCACCCAAAGAGAUACCACCUAAUCCCCCAACCUACUUUUAUUUUUAUUUUUUUUUUUAAUGAUUAAAAGUAACUUUUGUAGUUUAAAAUUUUCUUUCCUCUUUCAUACAGAUAAGAAAUGGAAAUUGCCUUUUUAUUGUAUAAUGUAGAAGAUUCCCCAUAAGUGUUUUCCCCUAGCUUGUGAAAGAUUUCGUAUAAGGAAUGUGCUUACCUUUUGUAUUUUAUUUUUAGUAUUAGCUGCAGGGCCUUUAGCUUUACCUCUGGUCUCUCUCUCUCUUUUGUCGACACUGUCACUGGAACCUGCACUUACGAGGGAUUAAGCCCACACCUGGGCCUUUCGUUCCAUGUCAGAUGCAGGAUUUGGUGUCAUUAGCUUUUGCCAUCAUACCUCAUGAGCAGAUCCCUGCUUGGUCUGCCGAGGUACAUCUGGAGCUCCCCGUGAGUGAUUCCUCUCUCUGUGCUGUGGUGGAGAGAGUUCCAGACUGGGAGAUGCCAACUGUGUCUCUUCAGCUGUGUGUGGAAGCCGGAUCAGGGCUGCUGUCUGCAGUCUCACGGCCCCUCACGUUGGCCAGAGAGCAUAGGCCGUCAGAGUUGUGCGGGGAGAGGGGCUGCUAACAUGCCCCUGCCCCUGCUUCUCUCCUCUCCCUUCCCUCCUUCCCUUCUGCUCUAGAUUUUCCUGGGCCUGGCUGGUGUCGGGUAGGGCCACGGGCUGCUGUGGUUCAUCCCUUUAAAACGCCGUGUAAUUAUCAGGCACAGGUAGCCCGUGGGGGCUUGAGGAGGUCAAAAAGAAUUAACUCCAAUAGUAUUUGGCCGAUGAGAAAGGAGGGGUUUUUGCAUUUGAGGGCAGAAGUGUGAGAAUGGGUCAGCAUACUCACCUGCUGCCAUGGAACCAGAUCCAGGUUUUGAAGGCUCCAGGGGUAGCCAGGGUAGAAAACCCUGUUCUUCUGAAUGAGGCGGGAGCCGGGAAAGGCCGGUAGACUUCCAGUCUCUCCCUUAGUACCUUGAGGAUUUUAUUUUGGCCCCUACCUGCCUUUGCUUGUUGUCCCCUUCUCCAGACCUCCAAACAGCAGGGUGUUCUCUCUGGGACGCUGUUCUUCCAGAACUGAGUCUGUAUCUAGAGACCUGAGACAUCAGCUUGGGAGCUCAAAUGGCCAUAGUAAGGGGGUUCCACGUCCUCCUGCUGUUUUGAGAAAAGCCUCUGCCCUUCGCUCCCAAUGUGGGCAAGUAAAGGGAACAAAAUAGUCGUCCCUUGGGGAGGAUCCCAGGGCGUGGAGAGGACACAGAAGGGCCGAAGGAUACCCAAGAAUUCACAGAUGUGUGCUCGUUUUCUGUCCCAGGGUUAAGCCCAGACCUCAGUGGAUUUGUUUCCCCAGAUGCAGCGGUCCACUAGUCCAGGCAGUAAUAUCUGGUUAGCCUGCCGAUGUCAAGCAGUGGCAGACGUCGGCUUCCAAACUUCAGUUUUGAACACUGUGACACUAUUGGCGUAAUCAUAAACCAUAAAUAAUAAAUAUGUUACUCAUAAAUACAUUAAUUCUACUCUUCAUCGUGAAAGCAGGGUUUCCUCUUUCCUUUCUUUGAUUACCCUGGUGAAGGAGAUGUCUUGCAAACAUUCAGAGAACAAGCAGUUUUUCACUGGGUGAGACCUGAGUAACCCCCCCCCCCCCCCACUUGGCCCUUUCCACACAGCUCUUGACUUUGUGCUCAGAAACGGAUGCUGGAAAUGAAAGGCCUCAGUGCCAGUUUAAGAAGGAAUUCCCAUGAAGUGUCAGGACCCUGGAGCCUCGGCCACAUAAAAGAGAGUAUUAUGUCAAAAAUCUGAUAGCUGAACUAGGCUGUUCCUUUUGCGUGGGGGGGGGGGGGGGGGGGUGAACUUUGACACUGGUGUAGGCAAAAUUAGAUAACCUUUUUUGGCUAAUGGAGAUGAUUUUGACUUGGAGAGCUCAUUCGUCGAUUGUGAAAGCAGCUUUUGGCUCAACUUACUUAUAAAGCGCCUGUAAUUACCAUGGUGUUUUUCUUCCCAAAUCUCUCAGCUUAGCCUGAAUGCCAAAAGAGGGCGGUGACCCUCAUGUGCCGGUAGAGCAGGCGUGUCGAAUUGAUUCAUCUUUACGCGGACGUUGAGGCCGUGUCCAGGAUUUUGGUCGCGUGCGUUCUGUGAAAAUUUUUCGGCACUUCAUGGCUCCUUUCUUCCAUGUCCCCAGACCGGGCAAAACCACAGGGAGAGAGUCCGAGGCCUCUUGGGGCCAGCUCUCUUGCACAAACACAUCAUCAAAUGGGGUGUGUCCGUGAACGCAGUGCACAAAUGGAGCCAUCCCGCUCUUUGCUGAGGAAAGGGGCCACCCUCGCCGGCCUUGGUGACAUGGGGAGACUGGAGAUGGAGGAGAAGGCUGUGAGCCACCCCCUUGUCUGCAUGAGUCAUUCCUUUGGUUCCCUUGAAUCCGGUCUUUGCAAUCCCUUUGUUAAAGACGCCGGCUCUUCCCGCUUGGGGUGGUGCUGGUAGGACCGAGAAGCCUUUAGCAGGUAGUGCUCUAGUGGGAGCCGUUUCAUUGGACUGCUUUGCAGCUGAGACAACUAGGAGACACGUGAUGGCAGGAGCGCCUCCAGGAGGACAGUCACCGGAGAGAGUGGGAGGCUGUGAAGGAGCCAGAGACCCGGUUCAGGUUUCCCAUUCAGUCGGUCAGUCAGUCACUCCCAGGACUUUGGAGUCUUAACUGAGGCCAAGUGCCGUCUGGAGCUGGGGAAUGUUGGGGAGGAAGGGCGCCAAGGCACUUGACUCAAUCAGUAGCUACUCGAAAGACAAAAGCACCGGGUCUCUCCCUCCCUCCCUCUUUCUGACACACACACAGGUUCCGGCCUGGUCUCAAACACUGGUUUGUGCCUUAAAUGUGCCUUACGUAUAGGCUCCAGGAUGACUGAGGACUCCUUUGUCCCUGGGAGACCUUACGGAUAGCCUUAUCGUGUUAGAGUGAAGGGAGUGUGGGGGAAAACCUUUUUCCAGAGGCUCAAAAAUGGUUUCCUAGAGGUGCGCCAUGAUCGGAUGCGCACAUCCGGAGAAAAGAAAUGGGGUUUUAUCUGUCAGGAAAAUCCCAUUUUGUAGAGCUGCAAUCACAUCAAAAAACGGCCAGCCUGGAUUAAACUUCUUAUAAAUGCUCACAGCAGAACAUUUUCUCAGGGCCAAGGAACCUGGCCCAUUGGAGGAUGAACGCUCCAUCUCUCUGCGGCCAAAGAGCCCACACUUAGCACGGGAAAAAUCUAGGUAUUGUCUUAUUUUGUCAUUUGGGGCCACAUAAUUCAGGAAUGCUUUGUUUUUGUCUUCGUUUUGAGAACGAGGGGAAAUAGUAUUUCUUGAGCACUUUUUAAGUACUGGCUGAGUACUGUGCUCAACAAAUUUUGGCUUUAAUUUUCUAGAUGGAGAAAAUGGGGCAACCAGUAACUAUGAGAGAGAUGAACAGCUAAGUGAUACAGGAAGUACAGUCCGUGGAUUCAGUGGGGCAGGCUCCUUUCUGUGAACAUUGAAGGUUCUCUGGGCAGGAACCACGGUGUCGGCUCCCUGCACCGGACCCACUGUGCGAUGUUCUGCUCUUUGCCUCACGCUGGAGAUAUCCACCAAAUGUGUAUCUGCUGUCUUGUUCAUCCAGGCUUCUGUGAAUUCCAGCUAGCAGGCUCUGCAUCCUGGGAAAGAAAAUCCCCGGGGGUUUUAGCUCCAUUCCUCUGCCCUGUCCUUUGCUCACUAGCUAGGUGAGAACAUGAACUUUUUGCAGCAUGGACCCAGGGCCUACACUCCUAGAACCUCUCCCUUGCCGAUAAAACGUUAUUCUGAGUCUGUGGAAAACACCAGCACUCCUUGACAAAUCAUGAGGGACCCUACCAAAACAACGCUGAGCAGACCCUAGACUAUAAUCAACCAUGAGCUUCAAUGUCUAUGCUGAUAGGCUGGACUUCACCUCUCUUUUGUAAUAGUUCUAUAGACCAGCAGUGUUUAAGUCUAAAUAUAUUGUGAGUCUAUUAUCUGUCAUAUUGUGCUGGGUUUUUUUAUGGCUUUUUAUUCUUCAUCAUAGCUAAGUGAAUACCACAAAUAAAAA